AGCCCACCAGUUCAUGAGCCUUUUAAAACGUCUGAUGUUUACUGCAGGUUUCUCUUCAUGCAGGGGUUUUCUGAUCCCUGUAAAUGCCGACAUCUGUUAAUUUAUGGAGACACAAUCAGCUGUUUCUGCCUGCUUACAGCUGAUUGAUGAUCAGCUGACUGAUGAUCAGCCGGCACCGUCAUCAUAAACUGACGUCGCUUCAAGUGACGCUGCAGAGUUAAGGACGUCCCAUGGACCGUUAAUCGUCGGUCAGAUGGCUUCAGUCUUCCGCGUCGAUUCCUCGGUCUCUCCAUGAGUCUUUGGUGGGCGGAAAUAAGACUCAAUGAAAAGACUCAAGCCAAAGACUCAAGCCUAAUAAUAAGAGUAGUGAGAAGCACCCCUUAUCUCUGAAGCACGCACCGGAUGCAAAGCUCGCCACCGACACAAGCUGCAGCAAGGCGAACUCCACGUGACAUGCUUGCCGGGUCAUGUGAUCCGCCUACGUCUUGCUCCCUGUCGUAAACUUUCCUGGCCGCUUAUCCCAAACAAACGAUCAUGGCGGACGGUGAGGAGCGGCAGAGCUUGUUAGGAGAGGAGGGCGAGGUGUCGCCCACCGGCGGACAAGCGGACAGGGGACCCGGUAGACCCCUGCCGGCUAUCUGCGAUCCCAGCCACCUCCUACACCGGGUGGUUGUCCUGAUAUUCAUGUGCUUCCUGGGAUUUGGAAGCUACUUCUGCUAUGAUAACCCGGCUGCACUUCAGACUCAAGUUAUUCAGGAUCUGAACCUAAACACUGCAAAGUUCAUGCAGUUGUAUGCCUGGUACUCUUGGCCCAACGUAGUUCUCUGCUUCUUCGGGGGAUUCUUAAUUGACAGAGUUUUUGGCAUCAGGCUGGGAACUAUCAUCUUCUCCCUCUUUGUAUGUGCUGGACAGGUCGUGUUUGCUACUGGAGCCUUGGUUAAUCGUUUCUGGCUCAUGGAAGUUGGACGUUUCAUAUUUGGUAUUGGAGGAGAGUCCUUGGCUGUGGCCCAGAACACUUAUGCGGUCAACUGGUUCAAAGGGAAAGAGCUCAACCUGGUGUUUGGCCUUCAGCUGAGUAUGGCUAGACUGGGCAGCACAGUGAACAUGAACAUUAUGGGCUGGGUGUACAACAGAUUCGCAACCCUUGUGGGCUCUCCGGGACACACUGCACUUGGAGCAUCACUCAUGAUAGCUUCUCUCACCUGCCUGUUUUCACUCGUCUGUGCCUUGGUGUUGGCAUUCCUGGACAAAAGAGCAGAGAAGAUCCUCCACAAGGAGCAAGGAAAAACCGGUGAACAGAUCAAGCUGACAGAUGUCAAAGACUUUCCCUUCACCCUGUGGCUAAUCUUCAUCAUCUGUGUGGGCUACUAUGUUGCUAUUUUCCCCUUUAUCGGGCUGGGACAAGUGUUCUUCAUUGAAAAAUUUAGCUUCACUCCAGCUGAGGCCAGAGCUGUCAACAGUAUUGUGUACAUCAUCUCAGCCCCUGCAUCACCAGUUCUGGGCUUUUUGGUUGAUAAAACAGGGAAGAAUGUGGUUUGGGUGAUGAUUGCAGUGAUUGCCACACUUGCUGCUCACAUGAUGCUGGCCUUCACUUUCUGGAACCCAUGGAUCGCCAUGUCUCUUCUGGGUGUCUCCUACUCCUUACUAGCCUGUGCGCUGUGGCCUAUGGUGGCCUUUGUGGUUCCUGAGCAUCAGCUGGGGACAGCCUAUGGCUUCAUGCAGUCCAUCCAGAACCUAGGACUUGCUCUCAUUGCCAUGGCAGCUGGAGCCAUCCUGGACACCAGAGGAUAUCUGGUUUUGGAAGUGUUUUUCUGCACCUGUAUUUGCAUCGCACUGAUGGCAGUUGUGAUGCUGUACUUUGUGGAUUAUCUCAGGGGAGGAGACCUGAACCGGUCAGCCUCAGCCCGUGCCAAACUUCAGAAAGAGACCUCUUCAGAAGCAGAAUGAUGAUGAGGAGGAGGAAACACACAUAGUCCUGGGCAUCAGAGCCAGCAGGCUGCACUGUCCACCCCAGAGCUGUCAAUCAACUGCCAUGGGGCAGGACUGUGCUACUGACUCCGCCCAGUGCUGUCAUCUGUGGCUCUUCCCACCAGAACUGACUGUCUGGCCCUGGCUUUACAUAACAGACUAUAAGUUCAUAGCUUAUCUUGUCCUUUUCGGCACACAGACAAAUGACAUAUAACCGUUUGGACUCUCUGACUUCUCAUACUGACUUCAUCUUCUCCAAAGUUCACUUUCCACUGGGUGUGUGUUUUUGCAUGUGUGUGUGAGAGUGAGAGUGUGUGUGAGAGUGGGUUUUAGUUGGAUGCUUGCAAACUAUUUCAAAUGUUCAGCAGAGGAUGAAAGUUAUGUCCUGUGCAAAGGUGCCUAUAUCCUUUAUAAAAAAGCUUGAUUUUAUUACAUGUCAAUGCAAUUAACAAUAGGGAGUUCCUAUAUUAAUCCACUUGUUUUAUAUGUACAUAGGCAGAUAUGUGUGGAUGUUUUAAAAUGUUUUAUAUCCUUCUUUGUUAAAAUUGUAAGCAGGACUUUAUUACUUGCCUAGUUGUUGACAACUCAGCAGCUCAUUUAUGUACUUAGCAUUUGUCAGCACUCACAAAUAAUUGCCAAUCAAAAUCUUCCCUUCUGGACUCCUCCAAGGCAAGCUAAGUUCAUUUUCAGUUUAAUCAUACGCCUCAUUGACCUUUCACAGUAGAUAAUCCCAAAAAGAGCAUAGUUUUUCAUUCUUUAAAUUUUUAUUGCUUGAUUCUUUUUAUAUCUUAAUUCCUUUAUCUACUCUUUACUGAGUUCAGAGGUUCAUGAGAAUUAAUUUUCUGUUGCAUCAUCAAAUGGUACAUUACUAUAAUGAUAAGAACAAGAGAGUUGGACACUUUUGAAUGCAUUUACCCCUGUAAUGAUAUUCACAAUUUUAACUUUUACUGAUUGUUUUAUCAACAUGACCUUUUCGAAACCAACCUAACAUGAUAAGACCAGUCCAUCUUAAUGGAUAGAUACUUGUAUCUGGUAUAUGUGUAUUGAACAGAAAAAUUACUAGAUAUCUACAUUUUGAGAAAUUUUGAAGUCGUAAACUCACCAGGAGGCCACCAUGUUUUAGUCGAGCUUCAGCGGUCCUCUACCCCAUACUAUUUCUAUACUUAGUUGCCCAUCAAAUCUGUAUUAUAAACAUGAUAGCACUGUUAUUGAAGAGAAAAUCAUGAAGGCAUUACCCUCAGUGUAAACCAAAGUGAAUGUAGUUCUAGAGGCAAAAAGACAGCAUGUUGAGCUGAUAUUAUAGUGUCUGUAUUAGUGCAUGCAGAGAGGGAGAGCAGAGUAGUAGUCCUGGCUGUUGACGCCCACACAGAUAUAAGUUUGCUAUGCUCACCUGGUCUGAUCCUUACCAUUCCCACAUGUCUCAAUAAUCAUCUGCACCUUUCCUUCUUAAUAUGCAAACAAUCACAGAGCCCAUUCACCUUCAUUAGCAUUUAAAACAGUAAAUAAUAGCAAUAUACCAUGAACACAAGCGGUAAAGAGACUCAUGUCAUUAAACAAGGUGAUAAGAAUGUAGAAACAAAGCAUUUAAAGCAUGGACCAGGUGAUUUUGGUUAAGUUCUAAUACUGAAGACAUAAACAAGGUUACACGGAGCCUAAACAGAAACAAAAUGUCGGCAUUUUGUGAUUUCAUACAUAAAUAUUAACCGAAAUGAUAUUUCGUGUGAGUUUCCUCUAUUAAUUUAGAGACUCACAAGAUACGUGAUUGAUGUCACAUCACGCUUUGCCAAACAGCGCUAGUGCAAAUGCAGAAACUGGAGCGGAGAGCAUGAAUGACUCUUAAUGGAGAGAAAGAGACACAGAGAGGCUGUGAUGUGUCCUCUGUGUCACAAUAGAGAGGAACUGCUUUUAAUAAUGACUUAAAUGUGAAUGUUUUGAAUACUUUUUGUCACAGAAGAUGGGAGAAAAAGUUUGUGCAAAAAAAAAAAAACCCUUAGUCAUUUUUUGUUUACUGUGUGUAAGACACAACAGUCUUUAGGUUUCUUCUUUUAUCUUUAUAGUCCCAUAACUUUUUAGUGACAUUGCUGCAGCACGCGUAUUGUUAAAGCCCAUGUUGUCCUGAAAAACAAGGAUGUUUGGAGCUUAGCUGUGCACCACAAGGUUGAUGUUUUACAAGCUUUUGUAGACAAAAAGUCCCGGUGAAACACAACUUUUUUUUAAAUACUGUCUCUUCAUGCUUAACACUGUGUUCCAUAGGGCGCAUUUCUGUGUGCUUAAAAAGAAAAGGAAAAAAAAUCAACAAUUAAUAAUGCACCAUUUGUGUUUGUGGUAUUUUGCCAUUGUUCCCUGCUUUUAAAGGCUAUUGAAGGUGAAUAAAGCUCUGUGUUUAUUUGCAAAGAAAGAGGGAAAGCGUUCAGACAAUCACAUCAUCACAUUGGGAUAUGAUGCGGUACAAUGGGUGACAGUGGCUUGCACUGCUCUCCCAGGUAGGCUCUCUCGCCAAAAGAGAAACUAUAAUAUCAACUCCACCUGCUGUCUUUUUGCCUCUAUAACUACAUUCCCUUUGAUUUACACUGAGAGUAACAUCUUCAUGAUUUUGAAUUCAGUUACAGUACGAUCAUGUUCAUGAAACAAAGAUUAAUGCAAAAGGUGACUAAUGCAUAGGUGUAGUACGGGCAGAAGAUCGCUGAAGCUCAAUGACCUCACACUACCCAGAGUGCAGUACAGACUAAAACAUGGCAGCGUCCUAUUGAGUUAAUUUAAAUGUAAAAGUUUCUCCAAAUGCAGAUAUCUAGUGAGUUUUUCUGUUCAGUAUAUAUAGAAAAGAUACAAAUAUCUGUCAAUUUGUCUGAUCAUGCAGAGUUCCUUUUAACUUUUCAACUCCAUGUAUAAAUGAUGAAGACUGGGUUUUGCUCGUUUAUCAUGCUCAGGUAAUUAACUUGUUGCGAGCAAUGCUCCAAACUUAUUUCAUUUGAAGGAUGAGACAAAAUAUCCAUGCACUAUGUGAAACUCUCAUCAUUCCAGUAACUUGGGAUCAGAUUAGUCUCCCUAUGAUAUCACCAGGGUUGCACUGUGGAUGAUAAACAUUCACUACCUCAGGUGGGCAACUUAGUCAACAAAGUAUAACGGGCAACUCAACACCAGCUGUAAAUCAGUGAUGUUAUUCUCUCUCCAUUGUUACAUUUCUGACUUUGUUGAGUGAUGUGCGAGUACAGCCUGGGGCACUGUGACAUCACUGGUUGUUAUGGUUACAGGUGUGAAAGAGUACACUUUUUUACCACAACUGUCAGUGAUGCUGCAGGAGGAGAGAAACUUUAAACUCUGAUUUUCAAUCUGAUGUUAGUUGCUCUAAAAAGAUAAGGCUCACUAAUGUAAGAAGAAGGUCAGUAGCGUUUAGUUAACAUGUUGUGAUUGCACAUUAAAGUGGCAUAAGUGUCAUACACAGAUUCAUGCCGACUGCCUGAAUUGCUACUAUAUGCACUUUGUUUUUUUUGACAGCAGUGUAGUCUUUAAUAGCUGAAAAAUAUCUGUGUUAAACUGCAUGGUGUUAAAGGUCUGUGUAUGAGAAAUUAUAUGUAACUACAGAUCUGUUGUACAAUCAGAGUGGGACUGAACAGGAAGUCCCAUGAAAAAUCUUUUUCUUUUUGUUAAAGCAAAUCACAUUUGAUACAUGGUUUUUCAAGGAACAAUGCAUUUUAUUAAACAUUGGUAAACA